CUCUGAUCCAGGUGAAGCUGUGGGCCAUCGACCGCCAGUGUUUCCAGACCAUCAUGAUGAGAACUGGACUCAUCAAACACGCCGAGUACAUGGACUUCCUCAAGAGCGUUCCCACCUUCCAGGGUCUUCCGGAGGAAACUCUCAGUAAACUGGCGGACGUCAUGGAGGAGACGCAUUACGAGGACGGCGAGUACAUCAUCCGACAGGGCGCCAGAGGAGACACCUUCUUCAUCAUCAGCAAAGGAAAGGUGAACGUGACCCAGGAGGAUCCGACCAAUCAGGAGACAACGCACCUCCGAGAGCUCGCCAGGGGAGACUGGUUCGGAGAGAGAGCGCUACAGGGCUGGAAGAAGACGUCGUCCUCAGACUCCUGCAGCGACACUGUGAGACAUGGGUCUGAUAAAUUUGGUCCUUGA